UGUGGACGCGAUUGGCGGAAAGCAGGCGGCGUCUCCAUAAACAAGCUCUUCCAUCUCUCGUGUCUCUACCGACGAAGCGGCACUAGAUAGCUGCCCGUCCCGAGAUUCCCGUAAAAGUUCAAGUGACAAUUUCCCAACCAACUCAACUUGCCGACGACGUCAACGCAAAUUGAAUUCGAUUUGAUUGUCCCUCGAUCCUCACCGAUUCAUUAAACACAGGGCAAAGAAAGCAAGCUACGAGGUCUUAGUGAAAAGUUUCCUUAAAUCCGGAGACGUGGCAAUGCAACCGAAACCAAACCGAAAAUUUCGCAAAUGAGCUUUGCUAGCGUCGGGCCAAACCAAUUAACAGAAUUCGUUCUUGUGUAAUAAAUAAAUUGCCAACAAUUAUAACUUGCAAUCCCACUCAAGCAAAAUCAAAUGAAAUGUUCACGGCGAUUGCAGCUCAAAGCAAGAGACCAUAGAGGAGGUGCACGGUGUUGUGGCAGUUAGUGGCCAGAGAGCUCAAACAAGCCGCAAGGCUCGACCAGAAACUCAUAAUUGGUAAUAGCAGCCAAAGAAGAGGUACAUAUCACACAUUCCGUCCGCCCUCCUACCGAGACGCAUGUAAACGUAAGCGGAGCCCAAAGGAAGCAAGUGGGAGACCCAGGAUAGGCGAUGCCAAAAUGCCAGCGGCAGAUCAGAUCCUGUUUGUAAACGUCACCACAACGGUGGCGGCGGCGGCUCUAACCGCUGCGGCCGCCGUAAGCACCACAAAUUCCGGUAGCGGCGAUGCAGUACGUCUGUAUACGAAUACGGAUGCGAGUAUGGAAACGGAGGCGGUGGCCAAUGUAUCAGGUUCGCUGGUGGAUGGCCUGACCACCGUGACGGCUGCACUGAGUUCGACUCCGGCUGAUGCAGACUCCGUGGGGGAGUGCGGCGGAGCCGUAGAGGAGCUUCAUGCCAGCGUCCUGGGCCUCCAGCUGGCGGUGCCGGAGUGGGAGGCUCUUCUAACUGCCUUGGUGCUCUCGGUCAUCAUUGUGCUGACCAUCAUCGGGAACAUCCUGGUGAUACUUAGUGUGUUCACCUACAAGCCGCUGCGCAUCGUCCAGAACUUCUUCAUUGUGUCUCUGGCGGUGGCCGAUCUCACAGUAGCUCUGUUAGUGCUGCCGUUCAACGUGGCCUACUCAAUCCUGGGUCGUUGGGAGUUUGGCAUCCAUCUAUGCAAGUUGUGGCUCACCUGCGACGUCCUUUGCUGUACCAGCUCUAUCCUGAACCUUUGCGCUAUUGCCCUGGACCGCUACUGGGCCAUUACGGACCCCAUCAACUACGCCCAAAAGCGGACCGUGGGCCGCGUCUUGCUGCUCAUCUCCGGUGUCUGGCUGCUCUCGCUCCUGAUUAGUAGUCCGCCGCUGAUCGGCUGGAACGACUGGCCGGAUGAGUUUACCAGCGCCACGCCCUGCGAAUUGACCUCGCAGCGCGGCUACGUCAUCUACUCAUCACUGGGAUCCUUCUUCAUUCCGCUGGCCAUCAUGACGAUCGUCUACAUCGAGAUCUUCGUUGCAACGAGACGGCGCCUUCGGGAACGGGCCAAGGCCAACAAGCUCAACACAAUAGCUCUGAAGUCCGCCGAGCUGGAACCAAUGGCUAACUCCUCCCCAGCUGUUGCCUCCACCUCCGGCUCCAAGUCGCGUCUCCUGACCAGCUGGUUGUGCUGCGGCAGGGAUCGAGCCCAAUUCGCUACGCCCAUGAUCCAGAACGACCAGGAGAGCAUCAGCAGCGAGACCCACCAACCGCAGCUUCCUCAGGAUGUUUCCAAAUCACAGAGUAAUAGCGAUCCGCAACUACAACAGCACGUCGUCGUGCUGGUCAAGAAGUCUCGACGCGCCAAGAUAAAGGACUCCAUCAAGCACGGCAAGGCCCGUGGUGGUCGCAAGUCACAGUCUUCGUCCACCUGCGAACCCCAUGGCGAACAGCAGCUCCUACCCGCCGGCGGGGGAGGAGGGAGCUGUAGGGCCGGAGGAGGCCAUUCCGGCGGAAAGUCCGAUGCCGAGAUCAGCACAGAGAGCGGGAGUGACCCCAAGGGCUGCAUACAGGUGUGUGUGACCCAGGCGGACGAGCAGACUUCCCUCAAGCUAACUCCGCCGCAAUCCUCGACAGGAGCCGCCGCCAUUUCCGCCACUCCGCUGCAGAAGAAGCCCAGCGGCGUAAACCAGUUUAUUGAGGAGAAGCAGAAGAUAUCGCUGUCGAAGGAGCGGCGGGCUGCCCGCACCCUGGGCAUCAUCAUGGGCGUAUUCGUUAUCUGCUGGUUGCCCUUCUUCCUCAUGUACGUCAUCCUGCCCUUCUGCCAGAGUUGCUGCCCCACGAACAAGUUCAAAAAUUUUAUCACCUGGCUGGGCUACAUCAACUCCGGCCUAAACCCGGUCAUCUACACCAUUUUCAACCUGGACUACCGGCGCGCCUUCAAGCGGUUGCUCGGACUAAACUGAUGCGAGUUGGUGGGUGUGGGCGUAGAAACCGCUCAUCUGGGUGGUGGUCGGUUGCCAAGGUUCGAACGGGAGAGCUUUACGCAGAGUUUGUGCCAAACUUAAAUAGUGGAAUUUCAGUUAAGCGAAGAUCUCAGUAGAUGGUUGGGCCCCUACGUGGUGUACUUCCGAUAAGGAAACAGAAUCGAACUUAAAUCAAAUCAUAAUGCGGCUAACAAAAUCGAUAAUUGUCAUAAUUGACUAAAGGUGCAUCUUAAUAACCGAUUAGAAAUCGUACAUCAGAUCUAAAAAUAAAAUUUAAAGCACGUUUUUUGGUCGGAAAAGAUCUUCUGUUUCCAGAUUUCGUAACUCGGAAUCCUUUCAGUUCAGUCACCAUGCUGGGGAAAGCUAUUCGCCAGGUAGGACGUUUGAGGCACACUUAAAUUUGAGAAAACUGUUCAAUACUCAUACUAAAAGGGGUUGUGCUGGGAUAAAAACCAAGGCAAUCCAAGGAAAUCAUCAAAAAUACAUAGCGAAAAAGUACAUAACCGUGCAUACAUACAUACAUACAUGCUAAGUGACAUACCAAACGAGAAUAGCAUCAAAUUGAAUUUAAUACAAAUAAACUAAAUGUUUAGGCACAAGAUUUGUGGCAACUUUCGUGUUUCACCCUAAGCGUAUGGAAAAACCAAAAAGGUGUUAGUUAAAUUAAUUCUGCGCUCAAAAUAUGUAAAACAAGUAAGCUAAAUACAAACUUCCAAGGAAUAAAUUAUGUUUUCUAGGCAUUACUUUAACGAUUUGUAUUUAAAUGUAAUUUAAUUGUAGGUAAACGCGAAACUAAACUACUACACUUAAUGUAUACUUUCAAUGCGCUUUGAACUAUUUGUUAAUAAUUUAAUAAUUAAUUGUUUUUAUGACAGAGCAACAAUUGUGUUGAGUGGGCAGCUAAAAGCUUGCGCAUCGAAACUUACUUAAGAUUUAUAGAUAAAUGUUUAAUUGCACUUUACGGAUUGCAACUGAGUUAGCGGAAUGGAGUACUAUAAAUCGAUGUAUAAACUCAAGUACUUACUAUAUCGUAUAUAUCACAAAUGAUGUCUUUUAACGAAGAUGUACGAUAGUUUCACUAAUUAACUUGUUUAACGAGCAAAAGCAAGCUAAGCGAAAACGAAAACGAAACAAACAAAAGACAGAUUCGAAUUAAAGUUAUG